GAUCUUUGGGGCCGUCACCAUGAACGGGCUUGCAUUUAGCCUAUUCCCCCGUACCCCUGCUUGGAGAAAAGCUCUCCAAGCGAGAGUCAACUCGCUGUUCAAUUUCCUUCGAAAGCCAUCGAAGACACAGGAACCAACGAGCUACGCCAUGCAUUGACAGUGUUCAAACGCCCCGUGUUUUACCUCAUAAUAUACAGCUUUAACGCUUACAGCAUUGGAUAUGAGUGCUACAUGUCGCUUUUCGUCGACUUCGCCUCUGAUCGAGGGGUAGCGGUGUCCACUGCCGUUACUGUGAUGUCUGCAGGAGCAAUCUCCGAGAUCCUCGGGAGGUUCAUUUUGCCGACAGCAGCCGACCGCGGUCUGCUGACGAUAAAGACGACCAUCGUGCUCACAUUGUCUGCCCUGGCGGUGACGUUUCUCGUUCUUCCUUUGCUGCGCUCUCAAGAACUUAUUGUCGCCGUAGCCGUCGCCAUAGCCUUCACCAUCGGCACUGGACUGGUAAUAUUUCCCGUUACCCUGGCGUCUUACUUCGGAUACGAGAAGAUGUCAGUAUCCUUCGGGAUUGUCGUCGCGUCAGCGGGGAUGUUAUCACUUGUGAAGCCAAGUUUGAUAGGGCACUUCAGGGACAAUGUAGGUGCCUAUGACUGGCUAUUUGUGAUCUGUGGCAUUCUCAACGUAGUUGGAGCCAGCUCUUUGGAUUGCAGUUCUUGCAUGGGAAAGAAGUAGGGGCAAAAAGGAAAUUAUCAACAAUGAAAACGCACCUGGAGAUACAGUCGUCACUA